AUGGCCUACAACGCGCCUCGCGCCAAACGGGCAGCCGAAGACUAUGUCCGCACCACUUCCCACUCCCACGAUGACUUCUACGGCCAACCUACCAAAAAACCGCGCUUCGAUGUGCGCAACCCCUCCGCCCUUGCUCCUGAUGCAUUAGAGGAAGAUGCUAUUCUGGAAGCAGAUGUCAUCGGCGCACGUGGUCAGCAGGUGAAACGCGGCGCAGUAAACAUCGAUGGCUACGAUUCGGACUCGGAAAAUGACAACUUUGACGCGCGCGCCGACAGAAAAGCUAAAGCGAGUACAAGAGCUGAGAAGGACAAAUCCAAGGAGGAAGAUGAAAAUGACAUGUUCGCUGAUCUAGACGAGGACUUCAAAGAUGGAGACGAUUCAGAAGGCGACGCCGGGCGAAGAGGUGGCAAAAAGAAGGCAGUCCGAUUCAUUGAUGAAGACGAGAUAGAAGGGCAGAUUCAAAAUUCAAAAAGUGGCGGACACGUCUCUGCUGAUUUCUCCCUGAACGUACGGGGAAAGGGAAAGGCAAAAGAAGAGGACGACGAGGUUGAGAGCAGCAGUGAAAGUGAAGUGGACGAUGAAAUACGAGCAAGUACAGGCGAGCUCGAUCCCGAGCUUGGAGCCGGGAGCAAAAAGUCCCAUGCUCCCAAGUUGGAUGCUUUCAACAUGCGUGCAGAACAGGAGGAAGGCCGCUUUGACGACCAGGGGAAUUAUGUUCGAAAAGCAGCUGAUCCUGACGCUAUUCACGACAUCUGGCUCGAAGGCAUGUCGAAGAAGGAAAUGAGAAGGGCAAAAGAGGCUGCCGACAAACGGGAAGAAGAGCGAAGAAAACGAGACUUGGAGGAGGAUGCAAAGUCAACCGGCGAUGUUCUGGCUGAGCUCAUUCCGCUGCUUGACCGAGGCGAAACCGCACUGGAGGCCCUCGCUCGCCUCGGAAAGGGCAAAGACAAAAAGUCCAAAUGGCAACCGAAGAGCAAGCAGAAGAGACCAAAUGGUGGGCCAGAAGGGCACCCAGCAGCAGAAGAUGAGGCCGCGGAGAAGGCUCGAAAGGCAAAGGUCGAAAAGAUCAGCAGUGCAGCGGCUAUCUUAUUAGGCAGAGGCCAAGCAGAGGUCUACGACACAGAAAGAGAACUGCUCAUUCGACAAUAUCUAAGAGAAACUGGUAAUGAGUGGAACGAUCCCCCACAGCCCGACGACAUAGAUGCCCAAGCCAAUACUGAUGAUUCCACGGCUCAACUCUGGGAGUAUAGGUGGACUGACGCCAGAGACGGUGGAGCGAUAAACGGGCCGUUCGAUGGCCAUGCCAUGAAGCAAUGGAAUGAUGCUGGCUACUUCGGCGAAGGUGUUGAAUUCCGUAGGAAAGACGGUGGUGGCGAUUGGACCAGAGUGGCCGACUUCGCCUGA